CGGACUGAAGCAACAUGACAGCAGCGGGUGAAAACAUGAGUGUGAAUGUGGCUGAAGAUGAAAACAUGAGUGUGCGCGUGUCUAAAGGAGCAGAAAGUGGCGAAGAGGUCAAACUACAGGUGCUAAAAGGUGCAGCGUUUCUGACCACGGUGGCGUCAGUGGGGAUGAUCGCAGGAUUUGGAUCCACGUUGGCGCUGGCCAAGAAGAAAAGCCCAGGCUGGUUCAGUAAGGGAGUUGCAGGGACGGCGGCGGCCCCCGAGAGCGGAGCGUCUCUGGCCCUCAGAGCUCUGGGGUGGGGCUCUCUGUACGCCUGGUGUGGAGUCGGCCUGCUCAGUUUCACGGUGUGGAAAGUCCUCGGCGUUCACAGCUUGUCAGAGUUCAGACAGAAGAUGCAGUCCUUCUUCCCAUCCAUCCCAAAGACCCCCGAGGCUGCAGCUGGACCUGAACCUCUGGACUGGGACUCGGUCUUCAAGUCAAAGUGACCUGCAGCUGGACCUGAACCUCUGGACUGGGACUAGGUCUUCAAGUCAAAGUGACCUGCAGCUGGACCUGAACCUCUGGACUGGGACUCUGUCUUCAUGUCAAAGUCCUGCAGCUGGAGGACGAAUCAGCGAGAGGACACAGAGACUGAAACAAUCGCUGACAUGUUCCUAAAGAGACUGAGCAGAGACUGGAGAAUCCUCCGGACCAGUUUGUUCCCAGUCUGGUUCCCAGUCUGGUUCCCAGCAGCCCUCCUGGGUGAAGAUGGUCGUGUAUAUUUGUAAAGACGUGCGUUUGAUUUUGUGUCUUGGUUUGUUUUAUUUAUGAACUUUGUGUGAAGAAAAUAAAUGAGACAUUAAUUUAAGAGCAGCAGAACUGAGAAUAAGUCUGAUCCUGUCUGAUCGGAUUCGAGACAUCGGUCCAGUUUCAUAAAGGUCAGAGGUCACGAUUUUUCAGCCUGUUGAUGUUCGACUGAAGGUGAAUUCGUGAAGCUCUUCCUGUUUUCACAUCACUUGACUCUGUCGGCAGGACGUCCUGGACGGUGGAGUUAAAAUAAAAUGUAAAAACUCAGCGGUUCAGUUUUUUUAUAUUUUACAGCAGUGAUUCUUGUUUCAGCAGCCACGGCUGGAAAGACUUGAAAUACUUCACAAUUUACAUGUUAACAAAACAGUUAGCAUGUUAGCUGUGCUGUCACAGCUAACAUGCUAACUGUUGCUAAGUGCUCAGUGUCACAGUAAGACGUGCGGUAGCAGAAAGAAACAAAGCACAUGUACUCAGUUACUAAGGUUAGUACAGUUUAAAAGUUCAGUUAGUUUUUAUUUUAUUUUAGUUUUGACUUUUACAAAGUUAAAGGUUUUCAGCAAAGUUUAGUUUUCAGAGACGUACAGUGUCUCAGGUCUCGUUCUUCUGAGCUAAACACAUUUUGAGUGUGUUCACACUGAACACUACGGAGAAAUGCAGUGCAUCACUGACGCACUCAAAACGAUCCAAAAUUUGAGUGUGGAAUGACGGACACGUCUCAUCCUCAAAAGUCGCCAUCUUUGUGAGGUAGCGGAGACUACCGUUAGCUUGCUAACUAAAAUUAGAAUUUACUAGCUUGUUAACUUUCUCCUAGCUAUGGCAGAACAUUUCAGUCAGCAUUGACGUUGUAGAGUAAGUUUGUUUUAUGUGCGUGCAGAGACAGCAGUCAAAUGUUAGCGAUGACACUCCACCGUUCAUUUGCAGUUCAGAGUGUGAUUUGAGAAACAGUGGAAGUCGCACAGUAGUGUUAGUUUGCCUUCGUCAGGACCGCACGGAGCCCACAAAGUUUUUUUUUUUAAAAAUCUUGUGGGCACAAAAUGUGUCCCCACAGGAUGUGCAGCCUGUGGAUCCUUCUAUGUAAAGCAGACUUUCUGUUGCUGCUGUUACAUUUAAACACGUAGCUGAGAUCAUUUUUGUCUCAUUUGUGGUCUGAAACAAUAAAUCUGUCAAAUUCAGUGUUGCACAUCGUUUCAGUUCCUCCUGCUGCUGAAAAAAGUCCUGCCGUUGGAGGAAGCACUGACAUGUUAAAUAUGUUGUGAUGUUGUUUCAGUUGGCUAAUGUUAGCUAACGUUCACUUGCAUCUUAAUGUGGUCAGAGCUAAUGUAGCUAAAUACUGUUUUGAGUAAUUAACAUCAUUUAAUUCA